AUGCCCAACCCCAGGCCAGCCAAGCCCUUGGCCCCUUCCUUGGUACUCAGCCCAUCCCCAGGAGCCUCGCCCAGCUGGAGGGCUGCACCUAAGGCCUCAGACCAGCUGGGAGCCAAGGGCCCAGGGACAAUCUUCCAGGGCCGGGAUCUCCGAGGUGGGGCCCACGCCUCCUCUUCCUCUUUGAACCCCACGCCACCAUCGCAGCUGCAGCUGCCCACAGUGCCCCUCGUCAUGGUGGCACCCUCCGGAGCACGGCUGGGUCCUUCGCCCCACUUGCAGGCACUUCUCCAGGACAGGCCUCACUUUGUGCACCAGCUCUCAACAGUGGAUGCCCAUGCCCGGACCCCUGUGCUUCAGGUGCGCCCACUGGACAGCCCAGCUAUGAUCAGCCUCCCGCCACCCACUGCUGCUACCGGGGUCUUCUCCCUCAAGGCCCGGCCCGGCCUGCCACCUGGGAUCAACGUGGCCAGCCUGGAGUGGGUGUCCAGGGAGCCGGCACUGCUCUGCACCUUCCCAAGCCCCGGUGUGCCCAGGAAGGACAGGUCAGUGUUCAGGGCUGGGAAGGACCCCUGCCCUGCCAUCCCCUCUUCUGACACACUUUGUCCCCCUAGCACCCUUUCGACCGUGCCUCAGGGCUCCUACUCACUGCUGGCAAAUGGUGUCUGCAAGUGGCCCGGAUGUGAGAAGGUCUUCAAGGAGCCAGAGGACUUCCUCAAGCACUGCCAGGCAGACCAUCUCCUGGAUGAGAAGGGCAGGGCACAGUGUCUCCUCCAGAGGGAGGUGGUGCAGUCUCUGGAGCAACAGCUGGUGCUGGAGAAGGAGAAGCUGGGUGCUAUGCAGGCCCACCUGACCGGGAAGAUGGCCCCAACCAAGGCUCCAUCCGCGGCAUCAUCCGACAAGGGCUCCUGCUGUAUUGUAGCCACUGGCACCCCUGGCACUGCCAUCCCAGCCUGGCCGGGCCCCCAGGAGGCCCCCGAAGGCCUGUUUGCUGUGCGGAGGCACCUCUGGGGCAGCCACGGAAACAGCACGUUCCCAGAGUUCUUCCACAACAUGGACUACUUCAAGUUCCACAACAUGCGGCCCCCUUUCACCUAUGCCACCCUCAUCCGCUGGGCCAUCCUGGAGGCUCCCGAGAAGCAGCGGACACUCAACGAGAUCUAUCACUGGUUUACACGCAUGUUUGCCUUCUUCAGAAACCACCCUGCCACCUGGAAGAAUGCCAUCCGCCACAACCUGAGUCUGCACAAGUGCUUCGUGCGCGUGGAGAGCGAGAAGGGGGCCGUGUGGACCGUGGAUGAGUUCGAGUUCCGCAAGAAGAGGAGCCAGAGGCCCAGCAGGUGUUCCAAUCCCACACCAGGCCCCUGA